AAACACAAAGCAUUUAUUCCACUGUUAGUAAAAGCGAAAGACCUGAAGCAAACACAAUUACUGAAAGCUCAGAAAUAACCACUAUUAAUAAAGAUUGUGAAACAGCUGUCAUUAGUAAAAAACAUAGAACAAAUGAAUUAUGGGAUGAUAAAUUGAUGCAGGGCUAUGACCGUUUUCUUGAGGAUAAUCAAGUUAAUGCUAUAAAUAAUAAGAAUAAAUUUGAGCGAUAUUUGAAUGAUCUGUUUGUUCCCUGUUCUGAAACAUUUGACGUCCUAGUGUGGUGGAAGAAAAAUGAAUUGAAGUAUCCUUCCAUGUUGUCAAUGGUGAGAGACAUUUUUGCCAUCCCAAUAACCUCUGUAGCCUCCAAAUCAGUAAUUUUAGUGUUGGCCAAAUUUUUGCAUUAA